AUGGAACGUCUUGCAGAAGGUUGUGGUCCAUCCUUCUACACCUACCAGGUGAGCCAGCACAGCUCAGAUGUUCUGCAGCAGCUCAACCAACAGCGGAAAACUGGGGGUCGUUUCUGUGAUGUGAUACUCCGUGUAGGGGAGGAUAGUUUUCCAGCACACCGUGCCGUGCUGGCUGCCUGCAGCCAAUAUUUUGAGUCUGUUUUGGGAGAAUCAGAAGGCCCGAUCCCCAGAGAACUUGAGAUGCACACAAUCAGUUCCAAAGUGUUUGGGGACAUUUUGGAUUUUGCGUACACUGCUCGCAUUGUGAUUCGAUUGGAGAGUUUCCCUGAACUUAUGACUGCUGCCAAGUUCCUGCUAAUGAGAUCUGUUAUUGAUAUAUGCCAGGAGGUAAUCAAGCAGUCCAAUGUGCAAAUACUGGUCCCCCCUGCACGACCAGAACUCAUGUUAUUCAGGUCAGGGGCUGCUGACCUUGGAUUCCCAUUGGACAUGACUAAUGGGGCCACCAUGGGAAGUUCAGGAAUUGCAGGAUCGCUUGGGAAUGAGGAGGAAGAUUCAGUUCGACCGGGGCCGGCAGUGCCAAGCCAGGCCUCGCUUCUUGCCCUCGGUGGAUCACCCCAGAUGCUCUCUGCCCAAUUCCAAGUAGGAGCUCAAGGCCUAGGAGGAAAGCGAGGGCGUGGACGGCCACGGAAACCCAGUGUUUUAGAUUCAGUAUUGUUUGGAGCAGUGGGUGGGUUGCGGGAAGGAGUGGUACUCCCCUGUGGACUUUGUGAUAAAGUAUUCACUGAUCCCCUGCGCCUGCGGCAGCAUGAGGCCCAGCAUGGAGUGACCAGCAUACAGCUUGGUUAUGGAGACCUGCAGCCCCCCCGCUUAAGUGAGAAUGGGCUGGGGCAGGAAGAAAAUGGCACCCCUAUAAAGAGGAACCGAGCAAGAAAACAAGUAGCUUGUGAACUGUGUGGGAAGAUCUUCCGGGAUGUAUAUCACCUUAAUCGUCACAAGCUCUCUCAUUCUGGAGAGAAACCAUACUCUUGCCCGGUGUGUGGACUGAAGUUCAAACGCAAAGACAGAAUGUCUUACCAUGUCCGAUCACAUGAUGGUUCUGUAGGGAAGCCUUACAUUUGCCAGAGCUGUGGAAAGGGAUUCUCUAGGUGAGUGCACAAAGAUCGUCACAACUGGCCUGAGUAGAUCUGAAACAUGAGUUGUCUGUAUGCAUUACUAUUUAUAAAGAGUCAACAUUUUCUGGAGCGCUGUACAAAAGGUUCAUGAGUAAUACCAUUAAAUUAAUAAAAUGCAUGUGAGGUAAUAGGUAACGUGAUAAAGAGCUAACAAAUGAGCUGUAGCAGUGUAAAGAAAUGAAAUGCAGUGAUCAUGGCAGCACAGGGAAAUCCCAUUUCAGGCAUGCGAAGAAAGCGCAAUGUAUUCUGCCUUUUAUAGGUGGAUCGAUUUGACAAUUGGCAAGGGAGCAUAUAUAUCUGAAAGGUUCAUGUCCUCUGUUAGCUGUUUUAAGAGAGAACUUUUUUUUUUUAAUUGGAUUUUUAACAUGUAGUGGGAAAGCAGAAGCGGGUAAAUCACAGAUGAACAUUACAAUUCUAAGAAAAUCAGGAUAACAAAAAAUUUUUUUUUUUAAAUUAAAACUUAAGCAGGAGGGAAAAAAAAUGUUUAAAACUAUGGCAUAACUGAUCAAACUUCCAGGAGAAUAAUUUUAAGCUUACUUUGCAUUCACUGUUAAGAUGUACGUCUGCAGGCUACUUAUAAAAAAAUAAAUGUUGUGGCACCUGUUGAAGCAAUUAAAAAAACAAAUUUGCUUCGAACAGGAUCAGUAGGCAUGAAGCUGUACUGAAUACUAGUAUAGAUAGUUACGUACAAUAAUUCAGUGCAUCAUGUAACACAAUGCUACAAGUUGUUUUCAUGGAAACAUUUCACCUUGCAACCCUGAAGAAGUUGAAAUAUUUGUUAUGGAAGAUGGUCAUUAUUUCCCACUCCUGCAGUCAGCACCUUGAUGUGAGACUGCUCUUCCUUUGCUUGGGAUAGUUCUAAUGUAUGGAAACUAUAUAUAUAUAUAUAUAUAUAUAUAUAACCUGUUGGCCAGAUAUGCUGUGCAUAUACAAGAUAUGCAGCUCUAAAUCCUCACUGUGACACACCCUUUGCCCAUGGGACGCCAUCUCAGACAGUAUGCACCAGGGACACCCUCUGGCUCCCUCCCCCCCCCCUACAUAAGUCCUGUGAUUGGCCAAAAUGAAGGGGGUGAAUCUGAAAAAAGCACAAAGAGAAACUCUCCUCCCCCAUUAGGAAACUGUAGAAUACACCCCCUUGAAGGGGUGGGUGGUCUGUUACUGAGCAUGUGUGAGUGAGGAAAUGCAGCCCCCUCCCCCCACAUAAACACACAUUGUUUUCAUCUCACUGCAAUUCUCAGCAUGAAGGCAAACAAAUACACAUAAAUUAAUUAGUAAAAUAAACAUAACCGGUACAAACCUAUUCUCAAAUCACAUUCAUAUUAAUGUUUUAAGAAGACACGCUCACAUACAGACCAAUACCUCUAGGAAGGUAUAUAGGUAGAAUAAAAGCGGUUCAUUUUAUAUUUUGUAGCUCAAUCGGCAAAAAUAAUAAUUAUCAAUGAACCCUAAGAAAUGUGGCUAUAAAAUGGGUUACUUUCAGCUGCUACCUAUUAAAGUGGAUUGUCCUUUUCUAUUGCAUGUGGAGAUAAUAUAAAUCUGUGAUGCAGCUAUAUACACUUUGCUUUCUCUGUACAUUGUACAUUCUCUGCACUAUGCUACAAACCUUCUGCAUACUCUUCUUAUUGUCCAUUAUGUGUAUUAUUCUGUAGAUUCUAUGCAACUGCCUUAUUGUUGUUGUAUAUAUUGUGGAAUUCCCCCUUUUUUUUUUUUUUUAAAUUAAUUUUAUUUAUUUAAACAUUCUGCUAUAUGCUUUUGUAUUGCAUGACAAAGUCUGACUAAGCAUCAUGGGAGAUGUAGUCCACAAACACAAGUUUUAAAUGUGUUAUGAUUUAUAUAUUACAUAAGUAAAUAAUGAGUUUUCUUGAAAUGGAAACUGGCAUUGAGAACUUGGUCCCGAGCAGGAAUCUUUUGAACUUUCGAUCCUGACACAGCAGUUGAAGGAUGUAAUAUGAAGUCACAUACUCUCAACUUCGUCGUUCAGGCUGUAUCUCAGGAGUGCAAAGGGUGCUUUGCUAUCAGAUAUGGCAAAACCGUAUCCCCCACACCCUUGUGGGCUACAUCUCACUUGAUGCUAAACAGGAAAUCCAGAACCACAUUGACACACACACACACAAGUCACCUCUCUAGUGGUAGUUAUUGGUUUUGCUGCAGUUUCCAUAGAGCCUUGACACUUGUAUCUUGCAUUACAAUCAUAGCAUAUGUUACAUAUUUUGUUACAAUGAUACCAUCCUUACUAGAACGCAACUUACCCUUUCUAUGGUCCAUUAUGUCUAUUUUGAAUACUAGUUUGUAUGAAUUAGAUUUGUCCGUUUUUCCAUUUUUGUAAUUACUUGAGAGUAGAAUUUGACUGACUUAUUUGGUGUAUCUCUUUCACAGGCCAGAUCACCUGAAUGGACACAUUAAGCAGGUUCACACGUCAGAAAGGCCCCACAAGUGUGAGGUAUGAAGGGGUGAUACUUUGGAAGGGUGGUGGGGAUGUGAUGGGACUGGUGGACAGGGUCCUGCGAGAAAGAGAGAACAUCAGUGACUUAACCUGUAUGUCUUAAAGCACCAGUCCCACUUAGAAGUCUCUUUUCCUGCAGGAUCCUAACACUUAUUUCUCUUGUACGUUCCAGUUUUUCUAGAGGAUAAUGUUAUAGAGUCUCGAUAAGACAAUACUCAAUGUAGUCAUUUCAUCACAAGUAGCAGAUACAUAAUCACAGUGUUUAUAUUUAUGGUAACAUUUGCAAAUCAAAUGUGUUGUGGUAUUUUUAUUUAAUAAAUUUUUUUUCAGUUUAAAGAUUUAAGGUCUGUACUGACCUGAGACAUUAGUGUGAAUGGGAUUAGACUGCUCUAUGGACGCUGCUGAUAUUCCCGUGAUGCAGUGUUCAGGGAAAAGUCAUAAAGGUCAGAGGUGGCACAUUUUCCUAAUCAGAGGGCCACAAAACAAUGAUUUUACACCCGUUUUUCUCCAAACUAGAAAACUUCAGAAGGAUUUCCAAGUGAAGUGCGCAAUGAGCAGGAAAAAGGAGGAGGACAGGUAAUUCGACAUAAAAAUUGAGAAAAAAAAUAUUUAAUAGAAGUAGGUAGUGGGACUGGUGAUUUAAAGGGCCUGUAUUCUGCAACUGAGAACAGCACACAGACAAGUUUUUGCGGCCCAUCCUGUGAUAAAUUGUGUUUUAGAAUUCUACAUUAGAAUCACAUUGUAUACUCACAUGGAGUGAGUUUUUUUCUUUUUUUUUAUCAUUGUCAGCAGAUUAUAGAUUGUGAAUUUCAAUCUAUAACAACGUGCAAUGACCGUUUAAUUCAAUUAACAAAAAAUAAAUUGGGGGCACAGCGGGAACAUGCAUUUCUCAGCAAAGGUGCUGCCAUAAAGUCCACAGUGUAUACAGAAUACAGAUUAAAGAACAGUGCCCACAUAAAUAUAAAUCUUUACAUUCUAUAAGGCUCCUUAAAAUCACCUAUCUCAGCAAACCAUUAUGGAGAUUCAGUUCCACCAUAUUGUGUUAAGCCCACCACUAUUCCACAGCUCCAAAAUAUCGGUGGGUUCUACACUAAUUCCAACGUGAUACACAAAUUUGUUCAUUUAGCACUAGUGUUCAUUUAGCACUAAGGCGCCUAUUUGGUAAAAUUCAAAGCUGCUGAAAAACACUCGAUCGGGAACUCCACAAGCCCAACAAAUAAACAGAAAAAUACAAAAAACAAAGUCAGUGUUUAGGUGAUACACCCACCACCUGAAACAACCAAGUGAGAGUGCAGUGCUAUAAAAUAUGUAAAACACUUAGCCCUCAAAAAAUGCAGGGGGAUGGUAUAUAUAUACAAAAUAAAAAGAAGAAAAAACAGAUCUAGUGCAACACUAAUAGCAUGUGAAUUGAGAUAGAUAUAUAUAUAUAUAUAUAUAUAUAUAUAUAUAUAUAUACACAUAGAUAUAUAUAUAUAUAUAUAUAUAUAUAAUAUAUAUAUAUAUAUAUAAUACAAACUCACAUUUUCCAGAGCCUUUUAGAUAUAGGCUCUAAACAUUUCACUUGUGCGCACUUUACAAGUGGCAACCAGACCUUUAGCUCUCUGGCUUUUCAAAGGGAUUUCCAGAUUGUGGUAUCCACGACCUAGAAGAAAUUAAUAACAAAUAUAAUCUAUGUGUAGUAUUUUCACAUCCACAUUGAUAAUAGUUCACAAAUGUCAUUGGAAAAUUGCUCACCUUCUUCAGAGCCUGUAACACUCCCCCUUUAAAUCCAGGAACCAUAGAAUGUCAAUGCACCAGGAUAGAGGUAAAUAUAAAGGAUAAUUUAAACAAAUAUAAAUGAACAAUAUAAAAAGUAUAAAAGUAACUGAUCCAAUGUUCUCUAUCCUUCACCAUGACGUGUUUCACCCUCAACGGGCUUUCUCAAUCAGCAUGUGUUUGUAUUCUUCCUGGUUUCGUUUAAAACGCUCAUGUGAUCCGCCCCUUCUUUCAGUUUUAGCCAACUAUAUCAGAUAUUCGAUAUUCUUAUUGGGCAUAAUUGUCACCUGGUGUUAAUCCGGUGUGGUGACGUGUUUUCAUCUCGUUCGUCACUUCUGGUUCUUUUUCCAUAUUACGAAGACUGUGAUGCUCUAUGCUGUAAAAAAAAUAAAAAAAUGCAAAUUAACAGAAAGUUAGUUCCUCCUUGCAAGCAUGUAACUACAUCAACCAUCAUGCCUUGCGGGAUUUUGAAGAUUUUUUCUUUGUAUCUAUAUCAUGCUAUCGUCCUUAUUAUAUAGUCCUCAAUAUAAAUUCAAAGGUACCUCCAAGGGAUGAUGUGAAUGAGGUAAUGGGAAAAAGGAGACAUUUAAACAAAUGUAAUUUGUCUCCCACAUUGGAAUUAGUGUAGGAUCCACCGAUAUUGGCGUAUUGUGUCUUAACUCGAUAUGGUGGAACUGAAUCCCCAUAUUUGUUUGCUGAGAUAGGUGAUUUUAAGUAGCUUUAGAAAAUAUCAAACUGUAUUUUUUAUGUGUGCGCUGUUCAUUAAUCUGUAUUUAGUUUAAAGUCUGAGAUUCUAUAUUCAGGUAGGCCACAGUUAACAUUCUUAAAUUUUGUAUGUCACAAUUGCCUGAGUGUGAUAGACUUUGUGAUGGUAUAUCUUUGUGUGUGUAUAGGUAUGACUUUCUUUUUUUGAAAUUCAGGCCUGUGAGGAUUCAAGAGCCAUUUUAUCUGUCCUUGAAUGUGUAUAGGUAUAUACUACCUUAUGUGUUGGUGUGGAGUUGGGUAUGUAAUUGUGUUUUACAGAGGUUGUUUAAAUAUGCCUGUAUGUGAGAAACUAAAUCAUUAUAUCAGAGCCACGUGUCACAGUCACAAAUAUACAUGUAAAGGGUUUCAAACACUGAGUGCAUUUCAGUUUGCAUGGCUAUUUCAUUUUACAAGCGAUGGAUGCACUUCCCUUUAUAUGUGCUCAUAAACACUUUUUAAACCGCUGUUUUUUUUUUGUUUUUUGUUUUUUAAAUGAGACAACAGAAAGUGAGCUGAGAAGGCAAAUUGGUAGAAUAAAAAGGUGCAUGCCUUCAGAUAUAUGUAAAUAUAUAUUUAUAGAGAGAGUAGAGAUUUUGUUUUUAACUAGGGAUGCAAACAAAAUUAUUCAAAUGGUACAGCCAUGAAGGUUAAAGGACCACUCUAGGCACCCAGACCACUUCAGCUUACUGAAGUGGUCUGGGUGCCUGGUCCAGCUAGAGUUAACCCAUUUUUUUUAUAAACAUAGCAGUUUCAGAGAAACUGCUAUGUUUAUAAAUAGGUUAAUCCAGCCUUUAAAGCCUCUAGUGGCUGUCUCAUUGACAGCCGCUAGAGGCGUUUGCGUGCUUCUCACUGUGAAAAUCACAGUGAGAAGACGCAAGCGUCCAUAGGAAAGCAUUAUGAAUGCUUUCCUAUGAGACUGGCUGAAUGCGCGCGCAGCUCCUGCCGCGCAUGCGCAUUCAGCCGAAGAGGCGGAGAGGAGGAGGAGAGCUCCCCGCCCGGCGUUGGAGAAAGGUAAGAUUUAACCCCUUCCUCUUCCCAGAGCCCGGCGUGAGGAGGUCCCUGAGAGUGGGGGCACCCUCAUGGCACUAUAGUGCCAGGAAAACUAGUAUGUUUUCCUGGCACUAUAGUGGUCCUUUAACAAUGAUUUUCACAUAUGCAGUAAAAAAAAAUUUCAUUAAGGUCUUUGGUUAAAUAUACAGUUGGUUACUUUUUAUACAUUUUUAUAUAGAAGCAAAUUCUGUUCUAGCUAUUUUAUUUAAAUGGGCUUCAAAGUAAUCUUUUACUUUUUGGUCCUUUUUAUACCCCUUUAAAUUUUAAAUACAUUGUGUUUUAUAUUUGCAGUUGGGCUUUACAUGUAACCUGCUGACCAACAGUUUGUAGAAUUCUUACGUUGAUGAAAGAGAAUCUUCUGUCAUGGUAUUCAUGAAGAACUGGUAUAGUUAGCUGGGUGAAAUUUUAAGCACAUAGAUCCAAUAGCAAUAACUAUGCACAAACAAAACACUAUCAUAUAAUUUGCACUAUUUUAAUUCCUCUUGGAUUUAAGAGUGCAAACAUAAAAUACCAUUUUUAUUUUUUGUUUAUUGCAAUUGGAUCUAUGUGUCUUUAGUGUAUUGCUGUUGGUUAUUUAAUAUUAAAGGAACACUAUAUCUCCAAAACAACUUAAGCUUAAUUAAGCUGUUUUUGGGUUUAGAUCAUGUUUUUGAAGUCACCGUUCAAUACACUGCCAUUUAGGAAUUAAAUCACUUUGUUUCUGAGGUCCUUGCCACACCUCCCCUGUCUGUGACUUGCACAGCCUGCAUGAAAACAAAAUGAUUUCACUUUCAAUCUGAAGUAACUUACUUUAAAAGUUUUUAUCUGCUGAUCUUUAACUUGAACUUUAGUUACAUACAGGGGUCUAGGAAGCUAUUAACAGAGCAGGAGAUAAGAAAUUCUAAAUUAAACAGAAUUUGCAAUAAAGGAAGUAUAAACAUUAGAUGACUCUUUACAGAACGUGUUUAGGAAAGCUGUCUGUCACAUGCAGGGAGGUGUUAGGAUGGCUUUCUCAACAAAGUGAUUUAACUCCUAAAUGGCAGAGAAUCGAGCAGUGAGACUGUAGGGGCAUGAUGUCUAUACAUGAAAACUGCUUCAUUAAGCUAAAGUUGUUUCGGUGACUAUAGUGCCCCUUUAACAAAUGUUUUGUUUACUACCUCUUUAAACUGCCACUGUAUUAUUAAAAUGGUGAUAUAUUUCUGAAAUGCAGUUACCAAGAAUAACUGAUUUUUUCACUGAUUUUGUUUGCCAGCACAUGUAACUGCAGAACAUAUAUCGUAAUAAACACUAUUGCCAUAACACAGGCUUAUUGACCAUAACGUCUUUCCCCUAUCACCCCAUAGACUUGUAAUGCUUCUUUUGCCACACGUGAUCGACUGCGUUCACAUUUAGCAUGUCAUGAGGACAAAGUGCCAUGCCAAGUGUGUGGGAAAUAUCUGCGAGCAGCAUACAUGGCAGACCAUCUGAAGAAGCAUAGCGAAGGACCUAGCAACUUCUGCACCAUCUGUAACCGAGGUAACGGGACUAAUGAGGGCUAUUUAAGAAGGAGACCGAUGAUAGGGGAAAGUUAUCUCCAUCAGUUUACUAGAAAUGAAUCCCAGAGACAACACGAGCAUCCUAAUAUACCACUUUGAAGGAGAUCUGUUAACUUUAUAGAAUAUAACAUGAUUACAUGCACUUAAAGACUACUAACUGUGUAUCCUAAUCACGCUUUUAAUUUAAGUUGAGGGAUAUUAUAGAAAGUGUUAUGUUCUGUAUUAGCUUGCUGGGCCAUAAAUAAGCAUGCAAAUCUUUUUCAUACUAACAGAAAAUGUAGUAUUUCUAACACACCAGUAUUGCAUAAUAUCAUCAAUAUUUAGGCUGAUGAGAGUUAUGUUUCCUGUAGAUUUUAUUAGCAAUAAUCAUGUGUUGACUCGGGGAGAAUUCAGAUUGACAUUUUACCGUUUUUUGUGAGGCACAAAUAGAAUCUGUUUAAGGCAGGAUUCACGAACCGAAAAUACAAGGUUGAAAUAGGGUAUUUUGUUUUACUAGGAAUACAUGUAUCGCUUUUUAAAGACAACAGUUGAAUUUCACACCUGUGAAUUUUAUAUACUUUUCUUAUUGUAAAAAAUUCAAUUACUCAAGUUUCAAUGAUUGUCUUGUUUCUUUAUAUUAUCUUCUUAUCUAGUAUAUAUAUAUUUUUAAUAUCACGCAUAGUAGUACAUAAGUUCGUUAAAGGCAUGCUUUAGGCACUAUACCUACUUCAUAUCACUGAAGUGUUUAUGGUGCCUGGAAUCCUCGGGUGCUGUUCCACAGUUUAGUGUUAAAUGCAAAGCUCUGGACGCAUAUAUAAGGUCACACUGCCAUACUCAGUCUGCAUCUGACAUCAUGCAGAUAUAGAUUGUAUGUAGAGGAGAAAGUUUAUGUCAGUGCUGUAUGUAAUGCACAGUAGGAGUUUAGGACCUGAGCUCCUGUUCUGGUGAAAUCACAGAAUAUUUUGAUUCCUGAAGUAGACUGUGGUUACUCUGGUUAUGUAGAAACUUGUCAUACUUUUUUGACGGUAAUGGAAUGGUCAGUGUAGUCAGCAUACAGGAUGUUAUUGAGACCAAAGGACAAAAUCUAUUUUUCAGGUGUUUCCUUUAGACAAAUUAUUACCAAAUGGCCAGAAGUGAUGGCAUGAAAUUGGAGUGUCUUUCCAAUUAUUUCACAAAUUGGAGCCUAAACAAUUACCUGUGUAUAUAAACCCAUACAAUUUGUAGUGUAAAGUACAAAAAAAAUAAUCUUUGGUUAGUACGUGAAUAAACUGCAGGUUUGAGAGUAUGUGGCCUUUACGAAGUUGUUACCAGAACUUGUCAGUAACUAUUUGGAACCAGUCCAAAAAUAAAUGAGCUGAUAAUUGAUCAGUGCCAGAAUGGAAGAUAACUCCCAUUUGAAGCUCAUUACUGAAGCGGGGAGACACUGAAAAUAAAAAUAAACUUAACUUGUAAUUAAUUAAUUUGAAUAAUUUUAAAGGAACACACCAAGCAGCAUAACCACAACAGAGUGAUGUAGUAGUUAUGGUGCCAGGAGUGCCCUGGUGCACUCCCAGUAUAAGUAGUCAAACCAUGCAACUUGCCUGGGGUCCACCAAUCCGUCUCCAGGAUAAACUGAGCUUCUGUUAGUUCUUCUGUCUGCACUACCAGUCUAGGAGGAAGCGACUGGCACCCGAUGGACCCCACAAUAUGUCAGUGGUUCGACUGCAUAUCCUGGGAGGCGGCCGGGACACUCUUGCUUGAGAAGAGAGCCAAUCUGCAAGCUAUGUUUGCUUAGCUAAAAGAGGAUUUAGCCUGUAAGCAAAGUGUGUUUAGCUGAGAGAGUAGUCAGUCUACAAGCAUAGUAUGUUGUUCAUGAACAUUUGGACAGAUUGUGGAAGUGAUCAAUUAGGACAUGGUUUAGCAGUUACUUAAUUUGGUAUUAUCUACCACUUAAUAUAACCAGCUGGGGUUUCAGAAUGGGUAUGGGAGCAGUUGCAGGUCUACAUAUAGUAGAGACUCAUCUGCUUUUAUUUUGUUUAGGUUUCUCCUCCGCUUCCUACUUAAAGGUCCAUGUAAAAACACAUCAUGGCGCCCUCCUCAGCGCAGGCCCUCACCGGCCGGAGUCCGUCCCCAACGGGGCAGCGCUCUUCCACUGUGUCCGGACCUGUGGCAUGAAAGGCAAGCGAGUCACAGCCGGCUGUCCGUGCAGAGGGGGGCGCAAUUUGGGGAAAAUCGUGGGCAUUUGUAUAUUAAUAGUGGGAGUACCAUGCAAAAUCUGAUGUAGUGAUGUCUAAAACAUAGUACCUCCUAAAUAAAAUGCAAAAAGAUAAUAUAAUUUUUUUUGUACCGACAAGGACUCCUUUCUUCCCAGCAUGUUCCAAAAAAAGAGAGAUAGUAUGCAUGUGCUGACAAUGCUCAUAGGACAGAUCCCAACAGCAAAAAGUAUACUUAGGGACACUAUAGUCACAAAACAUUUUUAGCUUAAUGAAGCAGUUUUGAUGUAUAGCUCAUGCCCAUGCAGUCUCACUGCUCAAUUAUCUGCCAUUUAGGAGGUAAAUCACUUUGUUUACGGAGCCCUAGUUACACCUCCCUGCAUGUGACUUACACAGCCUUCCUAAACACUUCAUGUAAAGUGAGAGCCCAUGUUUACACUUCAUUUAUUGCAAAUCCUGUUUAAUUUAGAAUUUCUUAUCUCCUGAUCUGUGAAAAGCUUGCUAGGCUCUGCAGGAGCCUCCUGUAUGGAAUUAUAGUUCAAACUACAGAGCCGGAGAUAAAAAGUUUUAAAGAAAGUAACCUCUGAUGGAAAGUGAAACUUUUUUUUUUCCAUGCAGGCUGUGUCAGACAGAGCCAUGGGACGUGUGGCUAGGGCUGCAUAAACAGAAACAAAAGUGAUUUACCCGGUAACUCUAAAAUGGCAGUGAAUUAAGCAGUGAAACUUCAGAGGCACGAUAUUUACACCAAAACUCAUCAAGCUAAUGUUGUUUUGGUGGCUAUAGUGUCCAUUUAAAUUGUAAGAGACAUCACUUAAAACUUGAGUUCUGAAGUAUAGUGCAUGUGCAAUAAGAGUGUGAUGGAUAAAUCAAGCAGAUUUGAACAAUAGAGAAACAUAAACCACUUAAUAAUGGAGGAGUCCAGUAUGAAGUGAUUUUAGCUAUGUAAGAAUUGCUCACAUAUCAAUGGUUUUAUUUAAAGUUCCCCUUUCAUCCACAACGUUUUUAUGUAUUUAGUAAAUUGGGAAUUAAAAGCCAAUUGCAAAUUUUUGUAUGUUUCCAGAUGCACAUGGCAAAUAUGGUUAACAAAGCACUGUACUAUACAUGUGUUUAAUUUGGCCAAUUAUGUAUAAAUGGUUUAACCAGGAAGAAUACACUGGGAGUUAUAAACUAGGCAGAAAAUUCUGUAUAAUUUGUUAAAUAAAUGCAAAUUUAAAGUCAAAACAGACACAUUAAAAACAUUUCCAACUUGACUGUUUUCAGCUACUAUUUGCAGUUAUUUUGUCAAAUUUCCCCAAUGCCUGUAUUAGUAAAAAAGUUCUAGUGUGCUGGCAAAUGUACAAAUUAAUAGAUAUACUUACCUGAAGAUUUCUUAAUACCUGUCCAAGAUGGCAUCCACAAAUGGACAAGAUGGAGUUGCCCUCCGUUACUUCUUCUCAGUCUUCUGCUGCUAUGAGCUUGGCACAUCAUAUUUUCAGGCCACUUUAUUCAUUCAAUAUGCAGUUUAACUAGUAUAAUGUUUAGAUGCAAUUUUGUUUUCUAUAAACUGCCACUAUGGCAUUUAUCCUAACAGGAACACCCAAUAAUGUCUGCAUUAGAUGCAGAAUAAUGUUAAACAUAUUUGGCCAUAACACAUUUUAGGUGACAUUUUCUCAUUCUGACACGUAAUUAGUGUAUGUUCUGAAUAAUAUAUUUGAUCAUGGAGAGGGGAGUCCAGUUAUAGAUAGUUCAAGUUAUGUACAACUGGGGAUUUUAUUUCAAUUACUUGCACUUUCCCUUUGUCCCUUGUCUUUCCUUACUAUUAUUAUUUCUAAAGUGUCACUACUAAGAAAAAGACCAGAAGUUAAAUAACUACAUCAUAUUUUAUUCUAGAAAACAAAGCAAGAACGUUCCAAAAAAAAAAAAAAGUUAAAGACAGAGAUUGUUGCAUGUGCUAGCAGAAAUCUGAAUACCCGCAUCAAGGUUUACACAUUUCCUUGUAUGCAUCUGUGUAAUCUCCAUCUUUGUUUUGCAGAGGGGGACAAGUGUCAGCAUGGUGAGCAAGAAAGCUCUGAUUCUUAUGGCGACCUUUCAGAUGGAAGUGAUCUAAAGUCCCCAGAAAAGCAAAGUGCUAAUGGGUCAUACACUGCUCCUGACCUUGUAAUACCCAAGAAGACCGAGGCAGAGCCAGAGAAACGCUAUCCCUGUUCAGAAUGUGGCAGCUUCUUUCGCUCCAAGGCCUAUCUCAACAAACACAUCCAGAAGGUGCACACCAGGCCUCUGGGGGCCCCACUUGGUGAUUUGGGGCCAGCUCUAGGAUCUGCCCUUGGUCCAGCACUGGGUCCUGCCUUGGGUCCAAGCAUUGGACCCACACUAGGUCCUACUUUAGGACCAGCUUUGGGGUCUGCACUGGCAUCCCCAUUUUCACCUCAACAGAACAUGUCUCUGCUGGAGUCGUUUGGUUUCCAAAUUGUCCAAUCUGCUUUUGCAUCAUCUCUUGUGGACACUGAGGGAGAGCAGCAGGGGAUGGGGAAUGAGGGGAAGUAA